AUGUCUGAAAGCGAAGAAGUCCAGGUGAAAGUGGAAUUCAAGAAAAAAGGCAAAAAACAACUCCGGCAAAGGAAACCGUCCAAUAGUGAAGACGAUGAGCAGGAACAUGAUACGGAAGAAACCAAAGAACGGCAAAGGUUGCGUAAUAGGCGCAAUGGUGUAAACAUUCUCAGCUUGGCGGCUGGUAAAAAAAUAACGAUCGAAGAAGAGGUUACAGUGAAAGAUCCGUUCAAUAUUAAAACUGGAGGUAUGGUAAAUAUGCAAGCGUUAAAGGCGGGCAAGCUGAAAGCUGCAGUCGAGGAUCCAUACGAUACAGGGAUAGGUACACAGUUUUCGGCGGAAACAAACAAACGAGACGAGGAUGAGGAAAUGAUGAAGUACAUUGAAGAGGAACUCGGUAAACGAAAAGGUAUAGCACAAGAGCAGGACAACCAGGUGGAGGGUGAAUCUUCCACCAAGUAUCUGAGCCCGGAAGAGGCAGCUCUGCUCUCACUUCCGGCACAUCUCAGUCAAACGUCGUCCCAGCGUUCGGAAGAAAUGUUGUCCAAUCAAAUGCUCAGCGGUAUCCCGGAGAUAGAUCUUGGCAUUGAGGCGAAAAUUAAAAAUAUAGAGGCGACGGAGGAAGCCAAGCUGAAGUAUAUGCAGGAGCAGCAAAGGAAGAAAGAUCUCCCGUCCCAUUUUGUCCCAUCGAAUAUGGCAGUUAACUUUAUGCAGCAUAAUCGUUAUCGGAUCGAGAAUCCUGCCCCGACGAAGCGACGAUACCAAGAGGAGCAUCAGCGCGAUCAGCGCGGGGAUGAUCGUGUUCCGAAAAAAGCGACCGAUGAUUAUCAUUUCGAUAAAUUCAAAAAGCAAUAUCGUCGUCAUUAA